AUGCUAGAGCAGAGUCUUGUUGAACCAGAAGAGCUAGAUGAAAGCAACUUUCAAGAGUUCUUGGAAGAUGAAACAUUUGUUGACUACUUUAACACUUUCCUUGCAUUACCAUGCUUUGCAGAAAGACUGUUUUACAACAGAGAGUUUGACCAGUUUGAGGAGUUUGUGGAAAAGCUUGCUGAUGAUCAAGAGUUCUUGGAAGAUGAAACAUUUGUUGACUACUUCAACACUUUCCUUGCAUUGCCAUGCUUUGCAGAAAGACUGUUUUACAACAGAGAGUUUGACCAGUUUGAGGAGUUUGUGGAAAAGCUUGCUGAUGAUGUUGGUAAGGGUGAUGCUGUUUCUGCCUAUCAGCUGAGAAAACUCAACCACUUYAAGGGCACCAUCUACAAUGUCAGCAACAAUCAGUCUCGUAUUGGCUACUAUGUCAUUGUGCUUGAUAAAAUCCAAGCUGUGGAAUUUGUGCAAAGUUUUCGCAUUCCUAUCUUCUUGAAAAGUGAACUKUAUGCAGAGUAUAAGUUGACCAUGAUUCUUUCAACAAUUCAGUCAUCGUUAAUUGGCAAUUUUGUGGAGUAUGAAGACACAAAUUCUUUUUGUGGAAGUCAAAGACGAAGUAUCGUGAGUUUUAAUUUGGACGGGUCUGCCGUUGAGGAUCAAAUGAACCCUUUUGAUGAUCGUAGUACAGCCGACUCGCCUCAURUUCGUACGAUAGACGAUACAUUCAMYGCCUGGCAAGACUCAUUCAAGCGUGCUGAUAGUCGUGCAAGUCUUUUUGGCUAUGCUGGUGGAAGUUCGCUGCGGACUCCAGAUGUAGCGACAGACACAGACUCUGAAACAAGUAGUACUUACAGUGACAGACAGCAACAGUUCUCAAGACCCCAGUCAGCGUUCAGUCGGCCACGCGGAUCUGCUAAAGUUACUUGGGGGAGACAUACAUCUCAUGAAAAUAACGAAAUUAAGAAGUCGCUUUCAGACUCCAAUUUGCAAUCGCAGAAAAAUGAAAAAAAAGUUGAAGAAGAAGCUGAAAGUUUGCAACAAAAUGCAAACAAUACUAAUAAAGAGCAAGGCUCUAAAGGCAUACGUGGAAUACUAAGACGACGAGCAAGCGUUGCAGCCACGUCUGUUGGUUUUGACUUUGAUCAAUCUGAUAUAAGCGAAGACGAUUAUGUUGAUGAAGAUAAACCAUAUGACUUGGCUACYAAGGAAGGUCUUGAUGAAUUCAAAGAGUUCCUUCUUGGAACUGUUGCUGAGAAAUACUUACGAUUGUGGAUCGAUAUCGAGUGUUUGAGGCACGACAAAGGCAAUAAUUUAAUUGCUCAAACUAUACUUCAAAAAUACUUUAAAAAGGGAGGUUUGUACGAACUUACGCCUGAGAAUAUCAAAAGACUUGAACUACAAGACCUUUCGAAGGUCACUUAUGAUGAACUAAAAGACAAAUGCUGCCGCUUUAUAGAACCAAUAUUGGAUUACUGGUGUGCACGCUUCACGAUGCAUCAGCAAAAUCGAGGCAACCCAACAAAUUCUCUUGACUACACACGAAUCACUGAGGACGUUCCUAAAUCUGUAGUCUCUAGAGAAAACGGAUCGACUAGUGUCACGCUAGAUCCUAAUACAUGUGGGAUGUCACAAGUUACUUAUAACAAACAGCUAUUGAGACCACAAAGCAGUAGACCGCAUGCGCAAARUGAUAGUGASGGAUCCAGGCCUCUAACGGCUAAGCAUAGAAAACGAGCCAAGUCCGCACACCCAMGACUGAUUCCCGCUCCAACGCCAUUGGACACCAACGCUAGUACUAUACAACUGCAGAAUAUCACGUCUCCUUUCCGCGGUAAUUACGGCUUCAAGCCUAAAAAAGCUCCCAYGUUUUCUAAGGGAGUCGAACCAGAUUACAUGUCGUCUGUGAGGCUGUACAUUAACCCCGUACCCACCCCUGACGGGAAACUCACCAAGAUGCUAGGAAAGUUUCAUCGUACAGCCGUUAGCCCUGAGAAACACGAGACAAAAACCCUCCAAGAAGACCAUGUCAAGAGUGACACUGAUACACUGAUAGAUUCGUUAAUAGAAGGCCUGAUCCUGGAGAAACAGACUGGUGGAUACUUUGAAGAGUACUUACACAAAGUGGGUAACAAGCAAUGGUUGGACUGUCUAGCAUUCUGGAAAGACCUCCAAGAGUACAAUGGUCUGUUUUUUGCCGAUUCGCUCAAUCCUUCAACAUUGUCGCGAAAAGCCAAGCUGAUGUAUGCGCARUACGUUGUGGGCAGUGGARCCCAAGCCAUUGGUGUGAGUCAUGAAAUUCAGCRUCAAGUCUUCAAACAAGUUGAUCCUCCUUAUGAAGAAUUGUUUGACGCUGUGGAAGACCACGCCUUACGAUCRGCAUUCAGUGAUAUUUAUGUCAAACAACUUUUUAGUAUAAUGAAUAUAAAUGGUGGYCGUACUAUCAAAGARCGUCCUUCCACACCGGUYAUCACAGAAUGUCAAAAAUUUGUGCGCGCGCGCAUUGAAAGACGAUGGUUAAUGCUCUUCAAGCAAACYGCUGAAUUCUUGGAACGACAAAAACCACGUGUCACGGCACCGGAAAUAGUUGAAGAUGUAAUGUUAAAGAGACGUUUACAAAGAAGUGAAGCGGCCUGGAAGAUAUUAAACAGUCGCUGGGUUUCGUCUUCUCGUGACGUCGUGGCCCUUCGUACGUGCCUACUYAACCCUCAGACAUGCGCAGAGUUUAGGACGUUUGUGGCCCUCAAAGGAGAUACGUUUGAGAACGACGUGGACUUUUGGCUGGAAGUUCAAAAGUUUAAGGAUUUAUGUCAUUCGCAUUCGCAAGAAAGUUUUAUUCGUCGUAAAGUACAAGCAAUCACAGAUUGUUUCCUAAACUCGGCCAUUGCUCCAGAACUUCAAAUCGACAUUCCAAUAGAGAUGGCAGAAAAACUACUCGAAAGGCUUACAGGAAGGAUAACCGUGCAUCCAUACAUCUUUCGUGAGGCACAGGUAACUAGAUUCCUCUGURAAAACGAGUAGCAUAUGUACGUUCAGUGUGCAAUGUUCAGCGACGCCAUUUUGUUUAACAAAGCAUUCUGGGAGAUGCUGAAGUCACUUCGAGCGGAAAAUAAAGCAAAACGUGAAGCAAGCGAACGUCGUCGUCAAGCGAGACUGAGCGCUGAAAGAAAGAAAAAAGAAAAAGAAGAACGGGAAAGGAAACGAAUGGAAGACUUAACAAGUCUGUUCAGUAUCGACACGGCCUCCGUGUUCUACUCCGAAGCUCCUGAUGAUGAGCUCAAUUCGUGGUUGUACUCGAAACAUGUUGUCGAGCAAGAACGACUAGAGCAUAUAAAAAAACUGAAAGAACAGGGACUUGAAAUACCACCUGAAUUGCUACUCGAAGAUAAAGACGAUAUGAAAAGUCGUCGAUCACGUCUGUCAUCCUCUAAACUCCAGUCAUUCGACCUCAAGUCACUCAGGAGUAAACGAAAAAGUGUAUCGGGUCYUGAGAAUAGUGAACGGGAUUCGAGUGACAAGGAAGUAUCUAAAAGUCCACAAAUCAAGUUGCAGCUGCAAAACAUGCAAAGACACCAAUUAUCAAAUCGACUUGGGUCCUUUUCCACAGCGCUUUCUAUCUCGGUUCCACGACGAAACUCUGUCUUCUCAAGAAAAUCUGACAAACUAAGCUCAAAAGACGAAAGGAUGAUAAGUGAAAAUGAGACAAAAGCUGCUUCMCCUAACGAAGAAAUAAAAAACGUCGACGAAGURAAGACYCAAAAAGYACACCAAYCCGAAAUUAUCGUCGAUGAAAUCCAGGUUAUUCCUGAUAACGACGAUAUCGAAAGCAUAAAACAAGACAAACUAUUGAAYGCUCGAACUCAAAAAGCUAAACGAAUAUUUCAUAAACAACCAAAGAAGAAAGAGGUGCCGCUUGAUGCCAUUUCGUGUAUCAGUGACUACAGUGAAUUCAGUAAUAUAGAUUUCCGKCAAAAGAAAAGACCGAUUAGUCCGAAGAAGAAAUCUGGUGCUGCUACUCCUCUGACAUUCAAAUCGUUAAAAGACUUUACUAACUCACCUGAAGGAGCUCCACUUGCCGUCCCUCUACCGCUGGUCAGAAUAACUUCAGCUUCAAAYAAGGAYGCUUUUUCUGAUGAUGAUGGUUCCCAGGGAAAYACACUCACCAAGUCUCGCAAUGUCUUUGCUUCACCACAACCAAGACUGACUUCAGCAAAACGUAAACAUCUCGUUGCUAGGAAGCAAGAGAGUAUAGUACCUGAUGUAGUUGUUAACUGAGAAAAACKUUGAGGCUCAAAACGUUUUCGAAAUSGGUCUUAAAGAUCUCAGAAAGCUAGCGUCCAGGACUYGGCUGGGUACUURGCCUUKUGCGAAUCUCAUUGUCGAGURAGACUGGACAAGAGCCCCYUAUUAACUUGAACACGAUACUCAUACAGAAGGGGAAUAUUAUUAGAUGACUUCGAACCAGAGUGUCCUUAAGUUUUCUCAUUAUUUUCUAAAGCUAGACGGCCCUAAAAUAUUUAAAAUAUAAUAUACCUCGACUGCAUGCAAACGAAACUGAAAUAUCUAGAUAGAAUUUAAAUUUAUACGUGUAUUGAAUAUUUAAAACUGUACAAAUUCACCAUGAAAAUUCAUUCAUGAUGUCGCGCUUUUUUUAUUUGAAAAUAAAUAUUUUAACAAUUGACUCUGUUGCAAAACGUAACGAAUUGUCGUAAAAACAUGCAUGAAUUAAUAUUAACAAUAGGCAAUGAUUUGAAAAAUCAUGAUUUGAAAAACGAAAAUAAGAACUUAAAAAUUAAACAAAUUUAAAUUCAGUAACGUCAUUUCUUUUUAAAAUCAGUGAUUCAUCAUGCAGUUCGACAAGCUCGACARUUUUCCCGGUUUCUUCAUUAAUAUCAUGAUCAACUGUUUUAUAUUUAAGUUUUUAUUUAUUUGUAUUGUUUCCGACGGUAUAUACCAAGAGUUGUUUUGCMUUUAUUUGAAUUGACUGAAAAUCGGGUGUGUCKGAUAAAAUCAUUUCAUAAUACAACCUGAAAAUGAAUUCGUUUUCGCUAAAAAAGUAUGCAGCAAUGUCCAGUUAAAAUGAAAAUUACAUAUUGCUAUGAUGAAUAUUUAUUGUUGAAUAUUUUUUUUUAUAAAAGGAAAUUAAAUUACUGUUAGUUGUCCAGGAUCUUUGAUGAACCGUGAAGUGAGCAGGUUGUUUGUUGAUACCUGUUCAAAGUGCGCGCAAUCGAAACAAAACUGCAUCAAAAACUGAACUUCGUAACGCAAGAGAUUCGCAACUGAUAAAAAAUCCAACACAAGCUUCAAAUAAUCAUAAAAAACUACUUUAUUAUUUCUCAUAUCAUUUCGAAUUAUAAUCACUUUACAAURUUCAUUCUAAAAUAAUAAUCUCUCAUUAGUGAACUUACUUAWAAAAAUAAUGAACUCCACAUACUUGCUAUGUUUUCUAAUAAAUUAUCCCCUUUUUCACCAUAGAAAAUAAUCAGUAAAAAUCACAUUGAAUCAAUGUUAUUGUUUGUUAUUUUUAAAAAUUAUUUUUGUAGUAGCUUAGCGUCUCAUAAURUUAUCAAAAUGCACGUACGAUGCAACAGUUUAUAUCCUUAAUCCCGCAUCUUUCCCCAAGCGUACAAUCUUGAUGUGUUGAAAGUUAAUCUUCAUCAAGUCCUUGCUCCAAAAGGUUUMUAAUUGUACACUUAAACACAGUACAAUCUAUACUUAAAAAUAGGUGAUGAACCAGCAGCGUCAAUCUGAAUAAACAACAACGUUGUACAGCAACAAGUACCUUAUCAAACUUCACUCUAUACUCUGUAUAAUUUACAGAUAUUCUCCAAACUUGAAUUGUUUCGCUUUGAAUCAUAACACUUGUAUGGUUUAAUCAGCUCCAGAGUAGAGCCUUUCUUGGCGUUUCAUUUGUGGGAGAAGCAAUUAUUAAAGUGGAUACCACGAUACGAUCCAGCUCAAUGCUGCUGUAGCAAACAUACCAACUGUUCCUACGACAACAAUCAGRAGAGCUAUACUUCCCAUUUACGUCUUGUGAUAGCGGUGU